AUGACCGUUCGUGAAAUCCCCACCAAGCAAAAGGCCGUCAUCUAUGACCAGCCUGGGACGGUUUCGACAAAGGUUGUGGAACUCGAUGUUCCGGAGCCUGGUGCCGGUGAAGUUUUGAUCAAUCUAACACACUCGGGCGUUUGUCACUCGGACUUUAGUAUCAUGACCAAUAAAUGGACCGGAUUUCCAUACCCAACCCAGCCAGGCCAAGUGGGCGGCCACGAAGGCGUCGGUACGGUGGUCAAGCUCGGUGCAGGCACCGAAUCCUCAAACCUGAAGAUCGGCGACCGAGUCGGCGUCAAAUGGGUUUCCAGCGCAUGCGGAAACUGCCCGCCGACGGACUGUGCUUCAACCAAAAAAAUCUCCGGCUAUUAUACUCCAGGCACAUUCCAGCAAUAUACACUAGGACCUGCAAACUACGUCACCCCCAUCCCAGAUGGACUAGACUCGGCUGCCGCAGCACCACUCCUCUGCGCCGGCGUAACUGUAUACUCCGCACUGAAGCGCAGCCAUGCACGGCCCGGCCAAUGGGUGGUGAUUUCCGGGGCCGGCGGCGGUCUGGGCCACAUUGCAGUGCAGAUCGCGAGCCGCGGCAUGGGCCUGCGCGUCAUCGGAAUUGACCACGGCAGCAAAGAGGAACUGGUCAAGAAAUCUGGAGCAGAUCAUUUCGUGGAUAUCACGCAGUUCCCAAAGGACGAUCAAGGCGUCGCACUGACGAAACAUGUUCAUUCACUAGCGGGUGGGCUGGGCGCUCACGCGGCAAUUGUCUGCACGGCUGUAAAUGCGGCAUAUGCGCAGGCGCUGCCGUUGCUGCGUUUCAAUGGUACGUUGGUCUGUGUGGGCCUUCCAGAGAAUGAGCCGCAGGCUAUUGCGACGGCGUUCCCGUCUACUAUGGUCACCAAGCAAUGGACCAUUACGGGGUCUGCCGUUGGGAGUCGGGCGGAGGCUAUUGAGACUAUGGAGUUUGCUGCGAGAGGUAUCAUUAAGGUGCAUUAUCGGACGGAGAAGAUGGAUGCUUUGACUGAGGUGUUUAAGGAGAUUGAGGAGGGGAAAUUACAGGGUCGGGUUGUGUUGGAUCUUUCUGAGUGA